CUUUCUUAGGGUGCCUUAGAUGGUGGAUUUGACAUUCCUCAUAGUGACAAGAGGUUUGCUGGUUUUAAAAAGGAGGACAAACAACUUGAUCCUAAGGUUCACCGAAAGUAUAUCUCCUGUGGUCAUGUUGCUUCUUACAUAAGGACAUUGAUGGAGGAUGAGCCAGAGAAAUAACAGUCACAUUUCAGUGAGUACAUCAAUAAAGGAAUUGAGCCUGAUGGCAUUGAAGAGCUAUACAAGAAGGUCCACGCUGCCAUCAAAAUGUCCACAGAUUGAAUGGUUCCCAACAGAAUGUCCAUAGAUUGAAUGGUUCCUAACAAAACUUCUAAACUACUACAGCCUAUUUCCUUUGUUGCAGGAGUUACUGUACCUGUAUGGAUUUGUCAUCGACAAUAAUCCAAAUGACUAUCUCAUGAGUAUGAUGGUAAUUAAUAUAACUAAUCAACAUGCAAUUGGAUGAAAAAAUUGGCAAUCUGAUUACAAUUUGGUACAGGUUCAUUAUCCAAUGGAAGCCUUUCAGAGUGUUCCAAUAGCUGAUUCCAAAGUGCAACUUCUAGAAAUACUGAAGGCUAAAAUGAGGUGUCUCUUACGAAGAAGUUUGCUGGAUCAUGGAUUUUUUUCUAGAUCCCCUCUACAUGAAGAAGACAGGAAUAAGAAAUCAAAUGGCCUAUUUUGCAAUUUCUUUUUUGUGCUACAGGCUUGUGAGAAGUUUUUAUCAUUGAGGAAAGGUACAAAGUCGGAUGUUACUGCUGUUUUAGAAGAGGACCACAUUGCAAGGUCUUCAUUCGAGCAGGCUUACUUCAAUCUGGUCACAGUUCUUUCUAAUGUUGAGGCCAAAAAGAGGUUUGAGUUUUUGGAAGCUGUUAGUGGGGUAAUGGAUGCUCACCUUAUUCGUUAUUUCAAACAAGUACGCAUACGAUUUCCUUGUUCACUGUCCUAUUGAAUGUAGUUUGCUGCUCUUCUUUGGUGCUUCUCUAAAAGCUUUUGACCUGGUUUUCUUACAAGGAUAUGAACUAUUGCAUCAGAUGGAGCCAUAUGUCCACCAGGCCUUUUUUGUUUAUGAAUUGCCAUAGAAAAUGUGUAGGGUGCUUAAUUUAGCAACAUGAGUUUGUGCAUAAACUAGAUGUGAUCUACAUUCUUCUGGUCAGUUAGAAGAUUUAUGGCACAGGUAAAGGGUCUGUUCUCUAGGAAUUCGUAGGGACAAUUGGGGCAUGGAUAUGGGCUCCAAAAGGAUAGUUUUGACUCCUUUCUAUAGGUACCUUCCUGGGCUAGAGGUGCGAUCACCUUUACGAGUAGUCUAUGGUCAUUUGAGGUCAUCUGAAAAUGAUUGGUUUUUGUUAGACUGCAAGAUGGUCAUUUCUGGUUGAUCAUUCCCAGCACAAGGAUGUCAUGAUAAAUAUCCGGCUGAAGAAAUCAUAGAUCACCUCUUCAUCCAUGCCUGCUUGUCCUUUGUCUAGCAUCCGAAGAGUGUAGUUCAUCUCCGUAUCCACUUCCCUUGAGGCGGGCUCUC